AUGUCUUUGAAUCAAGCCUCUCCCAUCUCUCUUAGAGAUCAGUGGGCUCGCAACAAUGCAGUUUUAGGAGUCCUUGAUGAGGCUAAAAAACUCCUACCAAACCUAGAUAUCGACAUCGGAGAGACUUAUGACUCCCUGCCCCCACCGCCGGUCCCCUUGGAUGGUGCCCCAAAGCUCGAUCAUAUCCCGUUUCUCAAAGUUGGAAUAAUUGGAGCUGGUGCCGCCGGACUAUUUACUGGCUUGAUAAUUGACUAUCUUAACGAGCAGGUUUUCAAAAAGAAAAAGUUUGAAAUCCAAUAUGACAUCCUGGAAGCCUCAAAAGAAGACCGGGUCGGAGGAAGGCUCUACACAUACAAUUUUAGCAGCGAGCCACACGAUUAUUACGACGUGGGUGCUAUGAGAUUCCCUGAGAAUCCUAUUAUGCAAAGAUUAUUCGCUCUGUUUAAUAAGCUUGGUCUGGAAAAAAAAGAUCCAAAAACGUCACCUCCUAAAGGAUCUUUGAUUCCAUAUUACAUGAAAAACGGCGAUACUGGAUCCCCUGAGCCAUGGCAUUAUAAUGACAUUACCAAGUGGGGGAAUUACAAUGACGUUCACAUCCAUUCACAAAGUGGAGACCCAUUUGAAAUAAAUACUAAAAACACAAUUCCAGCAGGAAUCUUCCGCCAUACACCCGAUGACGUUAUGAACAGUACCAUAGAACCUCUGAGAGAAGCACUGAGGCGAGAUGCUCAGUUGAACCCCCCCAGGGCGCUCUGGCUGGGACCUUUUGAUGAAGAUGACUCUGGCCAACUCCAUUCAGAAAACAUCCGUGGGUCUCUUCUACCACUGGAAUCCCACCUCCGCCUUACAACUAUGAUACCAUUGAAUGGAUGGAAACAUUUAAUGGGUACCAAUUGGUACGAUCAGGCCCAUAGUGAGACUGUGCUAGAAUCACUAGACUUCGCAUUCGACAAUGCCACUAAGUGGUAUUGCAUUCUUGGAGGUGCUCAAGAGCUUGCCAAGAGAAUGGAAGCAAAGCUCGUACACAAGCCAGCUUAUGAGCGACGAGUGACCGCAAUCAAGGCCAUUAAUUCACUACAAAUGGAAGUCACUGUCAAAGGAGAACCAAAACCCUUGAGAUAUGCUGGACUUUUCGGCUCUGUGCCUCUCGGCUGCCUAAGGCAAAUCGAUACCAGCGAAGCGCGUCUUAAUUAUGCCACUAAACAGGCAAUGCGAUCUCUGGGAUAUGGAGCAUCUGCCAAAGUUGGCAUUAAAUUCAAACGUGCUUGGUGGAUCCACGAUUUAGGACAAAAUAACAUCAAGCUCGGCGGCCUCGGCCAUUCUGAUCUAAAUCUCCGUACCUGUGUCUACCCGUCGUACAAUCUCUAUGACCCCCCCGACCCAAUCUGCUGUCUUACUCUCGAUCAUAAGCAGAAAGUCCGGGAUGAGGUCAUGCUCAAGGAACUUCUGCUUCGUGAUCUGGCCCGCCUUCAUAAGAGCGAUCAUAUGACGGAAGCUCAAGCAUACAAGUUGAUUAGCGACAACUAUGUUGAUCACUAUGCUUUUGACUGGUACAAGGAACCCAAUGCUGCAGGAGCCUUUGCAUUUUUCCGCCCUCAGCAGUUCAGUGGUAUGUGGAGCAAGUUGAUUCAGCCCUCUGGUGAUUUUAUGAUCAUUGGGGAGGCCGCGAGUCCUCAUCACGCAUGGGUUGUGGGUGCUCUUGAAAGUGCUGUACAUGGCGUACAUGCAUGGUUGGGACAAUAUCGGAAACUCAUCCCUGGGGGAGAGGAGGCAAUAAGAAUUCUCGAGACUUAUGAUAAAGGAAAUCCAUUCAUUGGGCUACCGCCAUAUAUGGAUCCAAACCUUUCAAAGUGGCACUCCUACUUAGGUAUUAUUCGAAGAUUUGGACCAAAUUUUGACGUUGAGGCUUUGACAAAGAGUUUCGAGAAGCUCCAGAAUAUUGGUAGCCAAAUUGGGGGGCACAUCGGAAUUAAAAUUGUCUGA